AGUCUCUUUCCCUCCCCUCUCUCAUCUUCCGCUCUGUAGGGUUAGGGUUUUCUGCCGACUCUUCAGCAGUUAAGCGCUUGCUCAAAUUUUGCUUGAUUUUUCUGCUUAAUUAUUUUUAUCGACUGCUCAGUAGUUAAGAUGGGAAGAAGAGAAAGGAAGUUGAAAUCGAGCUCUUCAUCUCCACUCAUUGAAGAUGAAUCUAAGGAAUACGAAGCCGCUGCUGCAAUAAGCAGCGACGAAGAUGCGGAGGCUAACGAGGACCUUAGCUUGAAAAUCGUGGAGAAAGCAAUGCAACGCGCAAACUCAGUGAAAAAAGAUGAUGCUUUCAAGGAGUCGAUGAGUGUUGAGGUUAAGAAGAGCAGGAAAGAUAAGAAAAAGAAAAAGAAGAAGGACGAGGACGAGGAGGACCAAAACGCUAGUGCACAGGAGUUAACUGUAAAUAUAAAACAUGUGCCUGGUGAAAUGCUUAAGAGUUCUGAAAACUUCUGCAGCAACAUAAUCGGGGAGGACAAAGUGAAGGAAGAUGAAAAUGAAAAGACUAGCAACACAAAGGAAAUUGUUAAUAAGACUGUUGAAACAAAUCCUGUUGAGAUAUCAGAUAAUGCAGUCCUGCGAAAGCUUCUUCGCGGACCAAGGUACUUUGAUCCCCCAGAUAGCAGCUGGGGAACAUGCUAUAAUUGUGGCGAAGAAGGUCACAUGACAGUCAACUGCACUUCAGCUAAACGCAAGAAACCAUGUUUUGUGUGUGGGAGUUUGGAACAUAAUGUUAGGCAGUGUACAAAGGGCAAAGAUUGUUUCAUCUGCAAAAGAGAAGGCCAUCGAGCAAAGGAUUGUCCUGAGAAAUACAAUGGAGGAUCUCAGAGUUCCAAAAUCUGUUUGAAGUGUGGGGAUUCUGGACAUGAUAUGUUCUCUUGCCGCAAUGACUAUCACCCUGAUGACCUCAAGGGGAUACAGUGUUACAUUUGCAAGAGCUUUGGCCAUCUUUGCUGUGCUGACUAUCCUGACAAUGGUCCAAGUGAAGUUUCCUGUUACCGAUGUGGUUCAUUGGGCCAUACUGGUUUGGCCUGCACUGGUUCUCAUGGGGAGACUAGUGGUGUGGGGUCACUGAAUACUUGUUACAGAUGCGGUGAAGAUGGACAUUUUGCACGCGAGUGCACUAUUCCCAAGGGUAACAAAAGGAGUCGAGAAUUAUCAACCCCCAAGAAGAAAGUAUCCAAGGUGAAGAAAGAACACAAGGAAUCUUGGUCUAUGCCCAGUGAUUUUGUUAAGACGUGGAGGAAUAAAGGAAAAUAUGAAGGUGACUUUACAUCAGGGUACAAAACAAAACGAAGGGGAGGUUGGAUCAUGGAUGACCUUGGAGACUACUCAGAACCCAAAGGAUUUGCAAGUCCUGCAACUCCAAGUAGUAAGAGAUAUUGGAAGUACAAUGGAAGCACAAAUGGACAUGCUUCCUCAAGAAAGUCCCAUAAGCUUGACUAUAGUCAUUCAUCUUCUAGUGCUUCAGCUAAACACAACCACCAUAGGUUUUCUGCCUCCCGAUUUGGCAACAGUAGUCACGGUGGGACAAGAAACCAUGAUUGGUAGCAAAAUGCCUGUUCCUCAUGGUAAACCAUAAAUGAGCAGGCUGUUGCAUGUGCACUCUGGGGUGGGUGGGGGUUGGUAUCUGAAUGAUCAAUGGUAUUUUUGGGCUUGCAUGUUGACUCCAAAGAGUUGGGUGGAAGACAAGAUUUGGUCACCUCUUGUAGCCCGUGUUGUUUAUGCUGGCGAUUGUAAUUGAUAGGUUACCCUUAUGUUUUCCCUUGCAAAAGAAGGAUCUUCUGUGUUCCUUUUGUUUUAAUUUUUCAUACGUUAUAGUCAUACAUGUACCAUUGUAAAUCUGCAGGAGUUUGCUUGCAGUAAUGGAUAAUGAUUUUCUUCUUUUGCCUAAUUUUAGGAUAUGAUGGGAUGUUGCAACUUUACCAA